GCAGCGACGACAACAGUGUGUUGUUAAAAGAAACCAAGGUGCAACCAACUGGCAGGGAGUCACCACGCAUACGCAGCAGUAUUCUACUCGACGCACACGCACAAUGUCGCCCGCCCAGCUCCCCACCCUCAAGGAGGUCGUGCCGACCCUCCACCCGUCCGGCGUCUUGGAGCUCCGCCUCAACACGCCCGGCAACCUCAACUCGCUGACCAUCCAGAAGCAGGACCUCGUCCAGGGCCUAAACUAUGCCAAGGCCAACAAGGACGUCGUUGCCGUCGUCGUCACUUCGACCGGUCGCUUCUUCUCGUCCGGCGCGUCCAUUAGCCCCGGGGGCAUGGGUGGCGGUGACAUCAAGAAGGGCGAGAACCCUGCUCGCGACUACAUUGACGCGCUCAUCGACUUCCCCAAGCUCCUGGUCGCCGCGCUCCAGGGUCCGGCGUACGGUAUCGCCGUGACCAUGCUGCCUCACUUUGACAUCGUGUACGCUGCGCCCGAGACGACACUCACGACGCCCUUCUCGCGCAUCGGCAUCUGUCUCGAGGGCUGCAGCUCGGUGCUUUUCCCUCCCCUCUUCGGCCCGGUCGUCACCAGCCGCCUUCUCUACCUCGCCGAGACUGUGCCCCUUGCGGACAUUGAGCACUCUGGCCUUAUCCGUGAGGUGCUCCCCGCCGAGGGCUUGCAGACGGCCGUCGUGCGCAAGGUUGAGGCGGUCCUCAACAACCUCGUGCCCGAGAGCAUCAUCGCUUCCAAGUCCCUCACCAAGUCGCCAAAGAUCCGCAAGGAGCUCCACCGCAUCAACAAGGAGGAGAUGGCGACUGUCGAGAAGUGUCGCGCGAGCCAGGCACACGCGGACGCGAUUGCACGUUUCGCGGCCGAGGCAGCGGCCAAGAAGGCCGCCAAGGCCAAGCUCUAAAUGGUCGUCGACGUCGCCAUGUUGCGAGUGGUGGCAAGAGAUUACCAAGCGGCCUUCCCCGUCCCCACGGGGUUAGUAGUUGUAGCGAGAUUGAGCGAGCGGUGAUCACAGAAGUGCAAUGCGAGAAACACAUAGCGG